AUGGCGGAUGAAAGUUCUGAGAAGGCUCAACCGCCACUUGUUGAUCGUAUUCUUCAAUGCGGAAAGCAGGCCUUCGAUCCUGAAAUUUCAUGGGAGACGAGAAAAGCCAAUGUCCCUGCAUUUUCCGCUCUUCUAGAAAGUACAAGUACAUUGGCACUCAUGUCGGUCUUGAAUCUUCUCGUGCAACCUGAUCGAGUACAGCCAUGGCUACGAACACCCCUCAUAUCAACUCUGGCACGACUGCCUCUUCGGCCUCGAGGCGUUCAGGAUACGAUCGAGUUUAUUCUUUCCGUCCAUCCGAGUAGCGCUGCUCGUAACGCAUCAGGCAAUAGCGGCAGAGGAUCGAGCAUUUCUCACGAAGCCUUGAAUGCAACGUCGCGUUUGCUUUCCUCCCCUCCUGUUAGCAUGUCACCCGAGAAGUGGUUUUAUGGCAUAGCGCCUCAGCUUUUCUCUCUACUCGAAGGCGAGGGCGAGCCAGAAAUGGAUAAAGCUGCAGCAUUUGUCAUUGGAUUUGGAAUUCUUGGUAGGAAGCAGUUUGGUGCACCUGGGAUGCCGGGUUGGAAGGCAUUCGUGGAGCCAUUACUAGUAGCCAUCGAUCCAGCUCUCCCAACGACGGUGAGUUCGAAGCAACCUUCAAAUGAUGUCGAAAUUUUAGGAUCUCGGAAAAUAUUGGUAUCCUCUGAAGAAGUUGCCAAAUGCCUUCGAAGACUAUCAACGUUGUUGACCUCACAUCCACACCCUUCCUUGACCAAAAGACUCCUCAAUCCAAUUCUUCUCCCACUUUGGUCUUUGUCGUCUUGGCCUCACGGUAAUGAAUAUACUGAGAAGUCCUACCGGAAACCGGCAGCGAAGUUGCUGAGGACGUUGCUCCAACUAUCAUCAGGCGCCACAGACUCGAGCAAAGCUGAAAAGCCCAGCCCUAAUCUGUUAAUCACAAUUUUGCAAAAUCUUACAUUUAAAGGAAGGUCAACGAAGACCGAAAAAUCAUGGUUGUACAAUACUGCUCAGGACGGGGGUGUUCAGAUUGAAAAUAUCAAAGGAAGCGAACUCGAAGAUAGUUCAGACAGCGAUUUGGAUCUGUCAAGACUCGAUCCUGCUGUUGACGCUUUCAUUGAUCUUCUUCAAACCUUACCAGACCUGAAGACCGAUGUUUCGGAGUUAUUCAUCAAUCUGUGCAUGAAGUGGCUCUCACAUAGCACAAAAGACCAGACUAAGCCAGUCGUCAUCAGUGUUGAGCAGACUGCCGCCAAGUACGACGUUCAGAACAGCCUCGUCGAAGCAAAAGUAAUGCAAAAGAUGAUGAGUACUUUUCCGGGAAAACUAGUUGAAGAUUCGACUCAGGUCCUCGAUCUUGUUAGUCAAAUCUUGUCCGACUUCACCAUGAACACUACCACCAGUAGCGAAGAUACGGUAGCAGUCGCACUCAGCCUUCUGAACAUUGUCUUCACUUCUCCGAAUUUUCAAGCAACCUCUGGAACCGAACCUCGUCUCGAAUCUAUCCAGAAGUCUCUCAGUUCUAUCAGCAGGAAGCGAGAUUUAGAGACAUCAUCGACAGCACAAAAUCUCUUGCUGCUCUUGAAAUAUCGAAGUACGCUCGAAGAGCCUGCCCCCGGUACUAUGAAUACGCCAACAGACCGGCAGCUGGAAGACAGGAAAAGCUACAGUCUUGCAAUGUCGUAUCUCACAGGGACUGAAUCACCGCCCCCCGUCAGAGUCCAAGGUCUCGAACUCAUCUCCGACUUGAUUCGCAACAGUAGUCCUACCAUCGACGUCCCGGCUCUGCUAGCCCUCUUCUCCUUGCUGCUCCAAGAUAGCGAAGAGUAUAUCUACUUGCGGGUAAUAAAAUCCUUCAUCCAGCUCUCUCAAAAACACCCAAAAGCAGCGAUGAAAGAUCUCACCGACCGUUACGUGGAUCCGAACGAAGAGCACGAACUAGAUCAACGGCUCCGGCUGGGCGAAGCGCUCCUCCAAGUAAUCGAACAUAACGCCUCGGCAUUCAACGACGAAACAGCGCGAGCUGUGUGUGAAGGCCUGCUAUUUCUGGCCAGCAGACGAGGGUAUAGACCAAAAACCGAACAGCAGCAAGAAAAGAAGAACAGGUUGAAGAGAAAGCAAGACGAAGAGGCGGAAGAAGCAUGGGGUGGAGAAGUGCCUCAACUCGACGAAGCUCUAGAUGAAAAAGCUGAGGAAGAGCACGAGAUUCUUUCCCAGAUCGUCACGGGAUGGGAAAGCAAGCGUGGGGCUGAAGAUAUCCGGAUCCGAGCUUCAGCUAUCUCAAUCCUCGGCUUAGGAAUCGAAGCCAAUGUGGCAGGCAUUGACUCGAAGAUACUGUCUACUGCCGUGGAUCUGAGUAUCCAUAUCCUCACUCUCGAGUCGGAGCCAGAAAAGGGGAUCUUACGUCGCGCUGCGAUCCUCCUAAUUAUGAAUUUCGUGCGAGCUUUGGAUGCAGCUCGAGCCGAAGGCAGAAAGUUGGCGUUUGGAUUUGCCGGGCAGAGUUUGGAGGAUGUACAGAGAAUUUUGGGAUAUGUUGAAGCGUCGGAUAAUGAUGGGUUGGUGAGGCAGCAUGCUAGAGAUGUGAUUGUGGGGCUUCGAGCAUGGCAAUUUAAUGCACUGUUGCCGCCGCAGAAGGAGCAGACUCAGAUUCAGGACUUGGCUGGAUUGUCGAUUCAUCCGAGAGCUGACGAGGGUUCGAGUGGAAUGUCGAGACCAAUGAUUGAGGAAAUUGAGUGA